UAAAUGAUUUAGAUGAUGAAAAUGGAACGGACAGUGAUGAUGAACCACUACCAGAUCUAGAAGAUGUUCCUAAAGGUGAAGAACAACAAAAAAAGAAUGAAGAAGAAACAAAACCAACAUCAACAACUUAA